AUGGGGAGCAUUUAAAAGGGCGCAUAAGAGCGAGCACGCUCGCCUCUCCCCACAGCUCGUCUCUGGGACCUGGUGCCUCCCUGGGCGUUUGUUUGAAGAGGGCGCCUCUAGUCAGCAACUCCUGACGUUUGGGUAUCAUGUGAAUGGUUCAGUUCCCAUGGUUCAGUGUGUGAGCUUGCUUGCCCCACCCCAUCUCUCUCUCCCUUCUCUAUAGAUCUCAAUAAAUAUCUCCCUCUCUCUCUAAGAGAAAUGCAAAAGAGAGAGGAGAAAAAACAAAUUAGGGGGAAAACCCGCUAGUGGGGGGCCAGUUUUGCUUGGGGGGGAGACCAAACCGGCUUUUACUUCUCUCUCCCCCCCACCCCUCCCCCUUUCUGCCCCCCACUCCCUCUGUUUGCUGGAAAAGCCAAAGGAUUCAGCAGCCUGGAAACCUAAUGUGAAAAAGCAGCAGCAGCAGCAAGGAAAAAAAAAAGGGGGGCCUUGGACUGGAAAAACCACCAUUAGGGAGGAAGAAGCAGCGGCAGCAGAAGAGGAAAACCCACACUGCUCAGAGAGGAAAAGGGACUUCUUAUCCAGCAGGGAGCUGGGGGUUGGAUUGACCCCUUUGGGUGCUUCAGCCCUUUGGAGAGGGGGGAGAGGCAAGGAAGAGACAUUUCUAGAUUCUCUGUGAUCAGGAUUUGGGGAGGUUUCUCCGUCUGGAGCCUGUGCCUUGGAUCUAAGGAGAAUUAUUUUUUGUGGGGGGGUGGACCUGCAACUGGAUUUGUUGUGUGUUUGUUUGUGUGUGUGUGUGUAGGGGAAACGGGGGGGGAAUUUUUUUUUUUAAUCCGAACUAACCGGUGAUCCAGCCAGGGGUGCGGAGAUCCCCUAUUUUUUUUUUUUCUCUCGGGAAAGGUGCAUUGAGGGGAUCGGAGCGGGUCUGGGAGGGAGGGUGAGAAGAAGCAGCAGCUGCUGGGGAGGAGGCCCGGCUGAGCAGCAGCAGCAAAGUCAUCGCCAUCGGCCCCCCCUUGGCUGGCUCCGCUCUCUCCAUGUCUCUGGGCAGCGGCAGCCACAGCAGCGAGUAAAGGGGGGGGAGGAGGAGGAGGAGGAAGAAGAAGGGAGCCCGGGAGAGUGUCUCCCUCCCUUCCCUCCCUCCCCCCAGCAGCCCCAGCCGCCUCCUGCCCCCUUCCCCUGGUCCCCCCUGCCGCCCCCUCCCCAAGAUGGGCUGUUUAGGGAACAGCAAGACCGAGGAUCAGCGCAACGAGGAGAAGGCGCAGCGAGAAGCCAACAAGAAAAUCGAGAAGCAGCUGCAGAAGGACAAGCAGGUCUAUAGGGCCACGCACCGGCUGCUCUUACUGGGUGCUGGUGAAUCUGGUAAAAGCACAAUAGUCAAACAGAUGAGGAUCUUACAUGUGAAUGGAUUUAAUGCUGAGGAGAAAAAAAUGAAAAUUCAGGAUAUUAAAAACAAUAUUAAAGAAGCUAUAGAGACAAUAGUGACAGCAAUGGGCAAUUUGGCACCACCAGUGGAGCUAGCCAAUCCAGAGAACCAGUUUCGAAUUGAUUAUAUCUUAAACUUAGCUAACCAGAUAGACUUUGAUUUCUCACCAGAGUUUUAUGAACACACAAAAACACUUUGGCAAGAUGAAGGUGUGAAAGCCUGCUACGAGAGGUCUAAUGAAUAUCAAUUGAUUGAUUGUGCACAGUAUUUUCUAGACAAGAUUGACAUAGUCAAACAAAAUGAAUAUACACCAUCUGACCAGGACCUGCUGAGAUGCAGAGUUUUGACAUCAGGAAUUUUUGAAACCAAGUUUCAGGUGGACAAAGUAAACUUUCACAUGUUUGAUGUUGGAGGGCAGCGAGAUGAACGCCGAAAAUGGAUCCAAUGUUUCAAUGAUGUGACUGCUAUCAUAUUUGUGGUGGCCAGCAGUAGCUACAACAUGGUUAUACGAGAGGACAAUCAGACCAAUCGGCUUCAAGAAGCACUAAACCUCUUCAAGAGUAUCUGGAACAACAGGUGGCUACGGACCAUUUCAGUAAUUCUUUUCCUGAAUAAACAGGAUUUGCUAGCAGAGAAAGUUUUGGCAGGGAAAUCUAAAAUUGAAGACUACUUUCCAGAAUUUGCUCGCUACACUACACCAGAGGAUGCAACACCAGAGCCUGGUGAGGAUCCCAGAGUUACAAGGGCCAAGUAUUUUAUUAGAGAUGAGUUUCUUAGAAUCAGCACAGCAAGUGGAGAUGGAAGACAUUACUGCUAUCCUCACUUCACCUGUGCAGUGGAUACAGAAAACAUCCGGAGGGUUUUCAAUGACUGUCGGGACAUUAUUCAACGGAUGCACCUUCGCCAAUAUGAGUUGUUGUGAUGGAGAGCACUUUUUUCUGUGUUUUGGACUCCUUAUUCCUUAUUAAAAAAAAAAAAAAAAGAAAAACAAAAAAGAAACAAAAAAAACCCUUGCCCACAUAGGGUGGAAGAGAACUGUUGCAGUCUCCCUCUGAUUUGCACCCCUCAACUUUUUCUCCUUGCUGGACAACAGCAGCACUUCUAAGCUUGCUUGUGUCCCCCUCAGACAGUUUGAGAUGGCACCUAAAACUUAAAGGCCAUUUUCAUGGUGGGUUCCCUAACACUGUUGUUAACAAAAUUAAUUAAUUAAUGAAUUAAAGGCCCUGAAUGUGGAGCACCUGAAAGGAUUGGGGAUAAAAUUAAAAAAGUAAACAAAAAAAUGGGGAGAGAAAACCUUAGGUAAUUUAGCACUGUUGUGGGCAUAAUCAUAUAACCCAUGAUUUCAACUUUGUAUCCAUUCACUGCAUCAGACAAAAGAAGGUGCCAAGUCACAGACCAAGUUUGAAGACAGACACUUGAGUUUGGUUCUCUGACUGUAAUGUGGCUUUGAACGGAAAUACUGACAAUUCUACAACAGACCUAGACAGUGCAAAAACUAACCGCUACCUUUCAGAAGGGUAUUUUUAAAUCCAGUCUUGGUGGUCUUAAGAUGACCAUGGACGUUAUGAAUUGAACUGCGUAUGGCCUGUGAUUGCAGAAAGAGUUAACCACACACUGUUUUCCGUUUGUCCACUGAUGAUCCUGUCUGCUAUAAAAAUCAUUAUCUGGACUUUAGUCCUCACGGUCUUUCCCUUCUUUUUCUUCUCCCCUGCCCUCAUUUUUUUAUUUUACUGCUGGAUUAUUAUUCUUGUACAGACUGUAAAAUGUAUUAUUUUGUACAACUUUAUUGAAAAAAUAACUUGUAGAAGAUCUUUGUGCCUUGAUUAUGGCUGUACCUGUACAAUGAGCUAAGAUGUAAGUAUGUUUGAUUGCGCUGUACAGCUUUGUCAACCCUAUCUGCAGCAUUAGCUCAAGGUAGGGAAAAUUUAUCUGUAGUUUAGUUUUUCUGGUUUAUAAAAGAAGGAAAAAUACUGUUUAGUAAAAAACAAAAAAACAAAAAAAAAGUACAAAUUGUGCAAACUUAACCACUUUAAAAGUGAGGUCUUCAACAAGUGACCAGAUGUUGCAGCAUCAUGCUUUUUAAUUUUUAGCUUUAAUUCAUUUAAAUCUCUAUCCAAAUGCAAAACAUGGCUUGUUUCUACAUAAACCAAAUUUUGCUACAAAUUAUAAAUGUUAGUCUUUGGUCAUUCAUAGUCCUUUUCACAAAAGUCAAAAACAGAACAAAAACAAACACAUAGGCAUCAUGCAGGUCUGCUGACCAUCUGUAGACUGGGCCAAACACCCCACCAAACUCCACUAUCCUGCGUGGGCAUAAUACUACAAGAAUGAUAAGGUGUAUACCGCCCUUGGAUUUGGUCACUGAAUUCCAGUUUCAAAUGACAUUUUUAUCUCUCUUUUAAUAAAGAGAUAUCUUAGAAUCUUUUUAUUUUAUAUUAACUAUAUAAGUAGCUUAAAGUGAAGAUGUGUGGAUUUUUUCUUAAACUUGAAUAAUUUAUGCAAAUUAUAUGCUUAGAACAACAUGUGGUACAGUAAAAAGAAAAAAGAGCAAAAAUCACUGUAGCAAUAAGAGAGCAUGUAAUUUUAGUAACUACUACACUGCUUUAUAUUUUAUACCUAGGUGUUUUAUGUCUCUGUGAGUGUAUUACUUUUUCAUGUGUCUAAACCUACGUGUACAAUUUGUACAAAGUCAGAAAUUACAGCUGUAAUAACACAUCUAGAACAGUGUUAGCAUAUAGUACUCACACGCCCUUCUCCACUCCCUCCCUCCUACUUACUCCCCCAAACCAAUCUGGAGCUUACUGCAGUGAAUUUUUUAAAAAUUACCUCUUUGCCUUUCACACUAGCUUUUUUUUCACAAGAUGUUAAUUACUUUUUGGGAAGAGGUCCAAUUUAAAUUAAUGCUAGGGUGUGGUCAGCAAUGUGUGUGUGGCUAGAUUUGCUACAGGUACCAGAUGCCUUUUUAAUGUUACAAACUGUAACCAUUCAGAAUUGAGAAUUUUUUGCUUUUGUGGCUUCCUUUAAUGAGGAAAUUAACCACCUGGUCCUUUUUAACACAUGUAGAAAGCAAGGACUUAGUGUUGGUAAUAUCUCAUUCCCCAUUUGGUUCAAAAUGACUAGUGAUCUUUCAGAAGACGUUAAAUUGUCUUGAAACUUUGGCUGCAAUUGCUAAUCAGAUUUGAAAAACCUGUCUGUCCAGUUCACAAUUUGGAAAGCUGCCACCUUAGCUUUGUGAAUCGGUAGAAGAGCCUGACCCAAAAUAGCCCUCACAUUCUUUGAUUGGAAUCACAAUCUGGAGGUUAAGGGUUGGGGUUUCAGUAGGUAAAAGUGGGAUGGGGAAAAAAAGGAAAUAAAACAUGAGCCUUAAUUUUUGUUACAGGAGCAAAAACCUUUUAAGUUUAGUGCCAACCCUUAUCUUUUUAAGCCUGGAGGGAGUUGGUUGAAGCAUCAAAUUUAUAUACAAGUGGGGGAAAUCUAAUGGUAAGGAAUGGUUUCAGAGUAGCAGCUGUGUUAGUCUGUAUUCGCAAAAAGAAAAGGAGUACUUGUGGCACCUUAGAGACUAACCAAUUUAUUUGAGCAUAAGUUUUCGUGAGCUACAGCUCACUCAUCAAAUGCAUUCAGUGGAAAUGCAUCCGAUGAAGUGAGCUGUAGCUCAUGAAAGCUUAUGCUCAGAUAAAUUGGUUAGUCUCUAAGGUGCCACAAGUCCUCCUUUUCUUAAUGGUAAGGAAUGUAAUCUCUGAUCUGAGAAAAAGAAAGCACCUCCUCUUAAAAAUAAAAAAACAAUGUCAAACUCCUUCCUCUGACAAUGACAAGGAUACACAAGCAUAUGUAACAAAGAAGAAAUAGAUAAGACAAUACCAUUUUAAGAAACUUUCCUAUAAAGCUUUAUAUAAAUGGAAAUGUUUAGGAGAUGCUUUUUUUGAGAGAGAGAGAGAGAAGGCAGUGUAUUGAAAAGUCAGGUUGCACAUGUAUGGAGUGUGUGUGUGUCUUAAUGUCUCAGUAUUGCCUUUGUUAGUUUCUUUAGUAGUCCAUGCAGUUUGGUGGCCUGGUAAAUGCAAGUCUUAUUUUUAACAGCUUUUCUUUUUUGUUUUGUUUUUAUUUUUAAUACAAAACCAUAAAGCUUUAAUGCUUGCUGUUUAAUUAGUAACUGUGUUUUCUUCUGUCUUUAAUUUAGUAGCCAUAAUUUGAAGUUAUUUGAACCAUUCCAACUUAAUGCUUGCUUAUAUUUUCUUAGUUUUGUUAUUUUCCCUCCCCUUCCCUCAUUUAUUUAUUUGAACUUCUUGUUUUCAUAAUUGAGGACUUUCACCUUUUGUCUCAUUCACCUGUUUGGGAAUUUCUGACCCUUACAUCCAAGACUUUACUCAUUCUACUCAGUAUUCAUUGAUGCUGAAGUGUAAGAUACCUGCAAAUGUAAACACUACCACUUCUAUUAAUAAAAACAAAUACAGUGUUUUAGGGGCACAUUUGCAUCACUAUAGUUAAGGUUGUGUCAGUAUUUCCAUUAUAAACCCAUAGGGGAGUCUAUACCUUGGCACCAAAUUGCCCCAGGCUAAAUCUUGCCAUACGAGGCUUCCGCUCAAGCAUGAUUUGGAGGGUUGGUUUUUAAACAAUUUCCAACACAAACUUUUGGUUCUGUUUUAAAUUAUACAACUGUUUUGUUGGACAGGGGUUGAUUUUAAAAAAAUGAUUGGUUCAAGAUAUUUUUGGCACUUGUAUAACUCAAAAACGGUUUUGAUUUAAAACAUAACCUUUGGCAAGCCAGUAAUCUACCAUAUGAUCUGAUCACUUUGGGUAUUUUGUAAAAAUGAUGAUAAUAAAUGGUAGCAGUGUCGUGGUUUCAAAAUCA